UAACUUCGGUUCGGGUGACCUCGGCCCGCCCCAGGCUCACGUCCCGAUCCUGCCUUGAGUGGCCCAGGGCGGGGGACCUGGAAGUUUUAGCCUCGCGGCUCCUGAGGCGGAUUAAGUAGCCCAAGAAACAUUAUAUUCAUUUUUCUGGAUAUGCCGCAGAAGGAUCCGUGCCAGAAACAAGCCUGUGAAAUACAGAAAUGUUUACAAGCCAACAACUACAUGGAAUCUAAGUGUCAGGCUGUCAUCCAAGAACUGCGGAAGUGUUGUGCUCGAUAUCCUAAGGGAAGAUCUCUCGUCUGUUCGGGAUUUGAAAACGAGGAGGAAGAAAAGCUGACACUGAAGCCUACAGCAAAGUAGAGUUCUGCUGACAAGUGAAAUGCUGCACCAUGUUUCCACCAAGCGAGUUGUAUUUGUCUUCCUGAUUCUUCAGGUAGCAGCAAAUACCAAAUGAAAAAGUCAACUAUAAAAGUUAAUGAAUAUGCCAUCUAUGCAGAAUGGAUAGAAAUAUAAAUAUAUUAAAUACGUAGAAUGUAAUAAAACCGAGCUGCUAAAAUAAACCUGUGAAGUGAAAAAGUG